CUUGUAGUUGAGGGCAACAAUAUUUUCUAGGACACGACCAUCCAGCUCAACAUCAUCGUUCUUUGUUCCCGACGAUGAAGGCGAUUUUCCUCCUCUUGCCUUUGCUGGGCGCUCUCACUCUGGCACAGGACCUCCAAGAGGAUGAUUGCCAGUGCCCGCAGGUCAAGUGCAGAAGUGAUGAUGCUGCGGUACGUAGUUGGCUCCGUCCUCGAACACUUAUCUUUGACCUUGACUGACGCACCAAAAGGCACUUUGCCGAUGCAUCAACGGCCGAGAACGUCGAUGCAAAGAGAAAUGUCCCAAGUAUGAGCCUAACGCAAUAGUUUUGUCCCAGCAAGCCAGCCCCGACACAACAGCCAGCACCUAAGCCAACCACAUGUGUAUGCGAGCAAGUCUAUUGUCCACAGAUCUGGCCUAUGUCUUGCCAUUGCGCCAACGACGUAGCGCAACAAUGCUACGAGAAGUGUGGUGGCGACCCUCCGGUAGCUCAGAAAUGCCAGGAUAUCUCCACUCGCGCACCCGAACCUGAGCCUAGUCUUGCCCACGAGCGUGAAGCUGCAAAAGAUUGCGAGUGCGAGGACAUCUUCUGUGCCCAGGUGUGGCCCGAUUCCUGCUAUUGCGCGAAUGCUGCGGCAAACCAAUGCCAUAAGAAGUGCGGCGGCCCCAAACCAAACACUCAGAAGUGCCCGCCCCAAACGAGCAAGACGCUACGUACCAAGACCAGGACUGCCCGCCCAUCGCCAACCAAGUCAAGCCCGCCCAAACCGACAAACACGCACAAAGUCUGCGGCGGCGGUCGAGCUAACUUCCAGACCUGCGACGGAGACGACAUUUGCAUUACGGAUCCGUACACGCCUGGCUGCGGACCUGCAUGUGACGGUCUUGGUAUCUGUGUCAAGGACAAGAUGUGCGGUGGGUUUGCAGGAUUUGCAUGCGGUGAGAAGGGCCAGGUUUGCCAUGACGACCCGAGGGAUGAUUGUGAUCCGAAGAACGGGGGUGCGGACUGUGGCGGCUUGUGCAUUUGGCCGCACAAAAGCUUGUAUCCGCCGCCGCAGCGGUGAGAAAAUCAGUGAUGAAUCAGUGUUGGCGAGUUGUUGGAUUCUUUAUUGUUUUUCAAAAAUUAGUGUUGCGCGAUUUAGUGGGGUAUGGUGACGCGUUGUAUGAUGGUUGAUAGGAUGGGUGCAUAACUUAUGCGACAUUUGAACUCAAU